AUGGGACAAAGCGGUUCAAGUGUCAAGGUCAACGAUAUACCCGCUCCGAGGACAGACGCUUCCGUCAAUGCUCCUCCUCCGACUCAACAUCGAAGAGUUGCGGAUUUUGUUAGAGAAUUCCCAGAUGCAAAAUACACAUUCGAUUCCCGUGCCAACAAUAAUUCUCCAGAUGCGGAAUUAUGUAGAUCCACUCCUGACGGAGGAAGAAGUUGUAUAAAACUUGAGAUGCAUUCCGCCGCACUGUUUAAGAGUAUGCAACAAUUAGUCACCAUUUACGUCACUUCUCUCACCUCUCAACCGAGAGUUAGACAGCAUAUCGAUUUGCUUCAUCGAUCCCUCAAAGCUCUUGAGAUUCCAUAUGAAUCAUUUGAUCUCGUCGUGGACCAAGAAGCUAAAACUCGAUGGCAACGUUCCAAACCUACUGGAAUGGUUGUAGGUCUUCCUGGAUAUUUGGUAGGUGGUGAAUGGGUCGGUACGAUGGAAGAUUUCGAAUAUGCCGUGGAAGAACAACGUUUACCCGAAUUUUUGAAACAAAACCUCGAUAUCACUUCUGAACAAGAAGGAAACACUUCCGUCUCACAGACUGAAUUGGAAAAUCUCAUGAGGGAGAUGAGCGACGCCGAUCUUGAUGUUUUAGCUGGACAAUUGGGAGUAGAGAGCGAUGCGAAAGUUGGGUUAUUAUCCAGUUCGACGGCUCUUUCCCCUGACCAGCCUCUUGAUACGCAGCAUAUUUCAUCUGGUGUGUUACCGACUAGUGGGAUGGAGAAGAAGACGCGCGAGAACGCAAACGAGGGAAAGGGUGCACAAGGGAAAUCAGAGCAUGAUGAGAAGACGAAUGAGGAUCCGAAGGGGGCAAAUAACAAAGUUGACAUGUUAGAAGAGGAGGAGAAGAUUUUAGAGGAGAACGUGAAAGUCGUACCUGCCUCUGAAGGUGGUGCGGUGAAAGAAGCGGAGGAUGCAAAAGAAGCGGCAACGGUGGAAGAUGCGACGAAAGAUUUGGAAAAAGUCAAUUUGAUGGAUGCUGAGAUCGCGGAGAAGGAGAAAGCGGCAGGUAAGGAGAAAGUAGAUUGA